AUGCAUAGGGAUGUUGCCUGUCGAAAUUGUCUCAUUGAUAUUGACAGAAAUAUAGUAAAAAUAAGUGAUUUUGGCCUAUCAAAACAGGCGGAAUCCUAUACUAUACCGGAUGACGAACCCAUACCUAUCAGAUGGCAGGCCCCAGAGGUCAUAGCAACAAGAGUUUAUACAGCGAAAUGUGACGUCUAUUCAUACGGCAUCACUGUUUGGGAAAUAUUCAACAACGCGGAAAUACCAUUCACGGGAAUCGACAACAAAACUAUCAGAGCUAAGAUAUCUGACAACAGAUUUCGUCCUGUUGUGGACCCUGCAUCUGUGCCCAUUGUUGUACGAAGAGUGAUCAAGACGUGCUGGAGAGGGGAUCCAAAGAGGAGACCUACAAUGCUACAAGCUGCUCGUUAUCUAAUUGAGUGUCCUCCGGAACUGUGA